UACUUUGACAAUAUUUAUAAUUACAGUUUUGGGACACAAGGAAUCCACAGCCGAUAAUGACUAUCAACUUACCAGAGAGGUGUUACUGUGCUGAUGUAGAGUACCCCAUGGCAGUUGUUGGCACUGCUAAUCGUCACCUGAUUGUAUAUCAACUUGAAGGUCAGCCACAAGAAUUCAAACAGAUUGAAUCACCACUCAAGUAUCAGCAUCGAUGUGUUGCAAUCUUCAAAGACAAGAAAGGUGCAGGCGCUCCUGCUGGCUUUGCUCUGGGCAGUGUUGAGGGACGGGUGGCAAUACAGUAUAUCGUGACAGCAUCUCCCCGGGACAACUUUACUUUCAAGUGUCACCGCUCCAAUGGUACCUCUAAUGGUUUUCAAGACAUUUAUGCUGUGAAUGAUAUCAAAUUUCAUCCAGUUCAUGGUACACUGGCUACAGUAGGUUCUGAUGGCAGGUUUAGCUUUUGGGACAAAGAUGCUCGCACAAAACUGAAGAACUCAGAAGCAAUGGAACAGCCCAUCUCAUGUUGUGCAUUCAACCACAAUGGCCAAAUAUUUGCAUAUGCUGUGUCAUAUGACUGGUCAAAGGGUCAUGAAUUUUUUAGCCCACAAAAGAAAAAUUACAUUUUCCUAAGAUCUUGUUAUGAUGAACUUAAGCCACGGAGUCGCUAAUUAGAGGCUAAAGCCUGAAGUAUAUUAUCCAAGAUGACCAUAGAUGGUUAAAUCAAGAAGUGAAGAUAAAGAGAAUGUGUAUAUCAUCUACUAAUAAAGGGCUGGGCUUCAUUUUUUUAUAUAUUAUCAUUUUUGCUUCAGUGAAUACUGAUAUCACUUGUAGUGAUGGGACACUAAUUUUAUAUUAUCUAUUGAUGAUGUAUAUGGACAAAAAAUAAUUUUCAGCUAUGAAUAUAGAGUUUGACAGAUUGUUUACCCAGGAGAAAGAAAAGAUUUGGAGUAUUGCAUGUGUAAUAACUCUUACCUUAUAGGGAUUCUGUAGGCACAUGACAACAUAAUUUCUGGUUCUUGUGUGCUAUGAUUUCUGUUAAUUUUAAAGAGCAAGUUUAAAGCUGUAAGUAAUCUUAAAAUUCAUAUUUAUGUGAAUAUUCAGUAUAUACAGUUAGCUUAAUUUAGCAUUAAUAUUCAGUUAUGUUACUAUCUUGCAAAAGUUAUGUCUUACUUAUUUUAUCAGUUAUCUACAUGCUUAUAGAGAUUAUUAAAGCCAAUAAGUAUAUCUUGUAUUAUAUAAUUUCCUGCGCUCUUAUUUAGAAACACACAUCCACAAAUACUUUAUACUGCAUACACCUCUACGGUCAGAUUUGAUUAAGCAUUUUAAGCUCUCUUCAUUUUAUUAGUUAUUGGUUUAAGGUACAGAAAAUCUCUAACAUUGCAUAUGAAAGUCUUAUCACACAUAACCAUAUGAAAUGGUCAUCUAGUUUAUUAAAGACCACAUUAUCAAAAUAUUGUUCUGAAAAAGUGGUUAAAAUUUUAGAUUUUUUUACAAGUCAGAAAAUAUUUCUUAAUAAAACUGAUUACCAAAACUUGUGUACAUUCCAUUGUUAACAGUAUUGUAUUCAUUGAACAACUAAACUUAAGAGCAUGAGUAAGGAUAUGUGCUUUUUGAAGAAUACUCCUCGCCUUAUUUUUUACCAAUGCUAAAAGGAUGAAGAGACAGAUAUUCUUUACUGGCAUUGUCACAAAAUGUAAUGGUUGAAUAUAAUUACAAUAAACA